UGCACAGGUGCCAUGCCGAAGGGGCACGUUAGAAAGUACAGGAAGGGGUUGCAGAACGCACGCACAUUCAAUCAGCCAAUUUGCUCGCUCUUCUCCCAAGUUGCUAGCCUCUAGGUAACAUCAAACUGAUCUGGGCUUUCAGUAUUGACGAUCAGCUUCAGCAGGCAAAGUGUACCAGCACCUUCAAAAGUUGGGUUUCCUUCGCCUCACCGACGGUCCUUCGAAUACUUUUUACUCAUACUACUUUGCUGGGCUCUCUGGCAGACCGGCCAUGACUUCGAGAUCGCCACAGCCCGUUGUACCAGUAAAGGAAUUGACCCUGACACCCGUGUUGACUUUGAAUGGUCACAAAGAUUUUACUCGAUCCAUAUCCUACUUUCCGGAUGGGAAGCAAAUAAUCAGCGGGUCAGACGACAAGACCACUCGUCGAUGGGACCUAGAAGCGGGUGAAGAAAUUGUGGAAUUGCGGGAUGUUAGUAAGCAGGAAGUACGUGCUGUGGGGGUGUCAAGGGACGGUCGAUGGGCUGUCUGUGCAAGACAUGAUUACAACGACGGGGAGCUCAAAGUCUAUGAGGUUGAGACGGAGACCGUGAGAAGAUUUGAAGAGUCCAACUCGCCAAUCGAUUGCAUUGAUAUCUCCUGGGACAGCACGUUACUGGCGGGGGGAUUACAUGCUAGCAGUUACAAAGUGCAGAUAUGGAGUUUGGAAACCGGUAAACCUGUGGCUGUUCCGUUCAAUAUUCCCCACAAAGCGAGCGCAGUUCGAUUCUCGCAAGACUCGAAGAAGCUCGCAGUUCAGUCAAAUAUGGGGAGGCACCUUGCAGUGUGGGAUGUCCAAUUACAGAAAUUGGAUGUUUGCACGAGGAAACCAGCUAACUGUUAUGCUGCAUAUGCCCCAGUGUUUUGGACUACCAAUGACAAAACCAUCGUAACCGCAUUCAGCUUUACAGACACCAUGAUCAAGACGAUCUAUGAAUUCGACGCGUCCACGCUGAAAACUAUCGGAGCCCCCUUUGAAGGACACACCGAAACCAUCACUGGUCUAGCACUUUCAUUUGAUUGUGCUCUCCUCGCCAGUGCUUCCUGCGACAACACCAUCAAACUUUGGGCAUUUGAAUCCCGCCGGAUCCUCGCCUCAUUCAAUGUUCGGUCUACCGCUUGCCGCCUUAUCCUUUCACCCGAUUCGCGCCAACUAGUUUACACCACCCAGCUUAACAAUAACAUCUACUUAUGCAACACUCCCCCUGAGAUCAUUGCUAGCAUUCAGCCUGUACCACAAGUUAGAGUACGCAGUUAACCACGAAUACUACUAUCCUUCAUGUGCUAACAUUUUUGUAGACCAGUGUUGCUAGAAACCUACUCCUCGCUGAUGUACUCGUCCCUUUCUUUUGUUUAUUUACACAACUCUAUUAAUCCCAUUUUUUCAGUAUGGUGC